AAAAAAGAUUCACAGUUCCCAUACAUAGAAGUUACAAUAGAGAGUAAAAAAGUGUGCGAGUGGCACAAGGGUGCUGUCGCUAUCAUGCGCAAGAUACAUCGUUAUCGGGGUUUAAUCACUAUCAGUAACUUUUAAAAGACUGGAAUUAAAUAUGUAUUUUCAAUUCAUGUUACUCUCUUCUUCACACUCUCUCAUCGAGUCAUCGUCUCCAUUGAUUCACUCGAGAGAAAGUGACGACGAUCUUAACCGCCGGCGCUGACCAAAGUCAUCGAUUCUCUUCCCGAGCAGGUUUCUUGAAUCCUACUAUAUCUGGUGCUUGGGGUGGAGCAGGAAGGUGGUGGACAUUGUCAGCUUUUUUUAAUGUACGCCAGAUGAAUAGAGCAACUAAUGUUACUGGCAGUAGAAGGAGGGGGUUUAUUCUCAGCGUCUGCGUCUGGGUAUAGUAAGGGAUUGACCCUUCUUUUCUCUGGUGAUAAGGACGGAGACAAGCCCAUGAGAGUUGUGCCGUGGAACCAGUACCAGGUUGUUGACCAAAAGCCUGAGGCUGACGACCCUCUUCUUCAGCUGGAUUCCAUUAAGAACCGAGUUUCCCGCGGUUGCGCUGCUUCCUUCAGUUGUUUCGGUGGCGCUUCCGCAGGACUUGAGACCCCAUCUCCUCUCAAAGUAGAACCUGUUCAGCAGCAGCAGCAUCGUGAGAUAUCAUCGCCAGAGUCUGUUGUUGUUGUUUCUGAAAAGGGUAAAGACCACAUAAGUGAAGCUGAUAACAGCAGCAGCAGCAGCAGCAGCAAAGAAGCUUUCAAACUCUCAUUGAGGAGUAGCUUGAAGAGGCCCUCUGUUGCGGAACCACGUUCUCUUGAGGAUAUUAAAGAAUACGAGACGUUGAGCGUGGAUGGUAGCGAUCUCACUGGUGACAUGGCUAGGCGGAAAGUUCAGUGGCCAGAUGCUUGUGGUAGUGAACUCACUCAAGUUAGAGAAUUUGAGCCGAGUGAGAUGGGAUUAUCAGAUGAAGAAUGGGAGGCGGGACAACAAAGGACAUGUUCGUGUGUGAUCAUGUAAAUUCAGAAACCAUCGGUAUCACUCUUUUUUACUCACCUGUUGUGUGCAUCUCUCAUAGAUUUAAAGUGUAUCUGUUAAUCUGUUAUUACAAAGUUCUCUUCAAGGUUUUGGCUUGUACAUUUUUCUCCCGUGUUUUGAGUGACAACUUAUUCCUGGUUUCUAUCUUCUUAAAACGAAAAGAGAACAUUCCAAAUC